AUGCUGUCUCUGUCUGACUUCCAGAGGAUUGGAGUGGGACUGGUUGGCUUCGGCCUCUUCUUCAUCCUCUUUGGGAUCCUCCUGUACUUCGACGCGGUGCUCUUGGCCUUCGGGAACAUCCUCUUCCUCUCUGGCAUGGUCUUCAUCAUCGGCAUCAGGAGAACCUUCAGCUUCUUCUUCCAGCGGCCGAAGCUGAAAGGCACCAGCUUCUUUUUCGGUGGGGUGAUCGUUGUCCUCAUGAGGUGGCCAGUCCUGGGGAUGCUGCUGGAGGCCUAUGGCUUCAUCACCCUCUUCAGGAGCUUUUUCCCAGUGGCUUUUGGUUUUUUGGCUUCGCUGGCAAACAUCCCACUGCUGAGCCAGCUCGCGCAGAAGACGGGAGAGAGCAGCUCCAUGGUGUGA